AUGUUGAAAAAGCUUAAAAUUAGCUUCCAUCGUCGCCAUUCCGCCGGGAAGUUCUUCAAGGAAAGAAGGUAUUUGCUGAAAGAAUUUCCGGAGCUUAUUCGCAUUAGCGAUCCCGUCAAGGUCCUUGAGGUGGGAUGUGGAAAUGGGAGCAAUGUCCUUCCUAUCUUACGUGCAAAGCAGAAUAUUACAGUCUAUGCUUGCGAUUGUAGUGAAGAGGUCCUUAGAAAAGAAGAAGAGAUGAUAGCCACUGGAAGUGCUAUUUCUCUAGUGCCUCGGUUCUUUACUUUCUUGCUUGAUGUC